CAGAGAUAAUAAAAAGAAAUUAACUUUACAGGUAAAGGAUUCUCUGUGAUGGAAUAAAUUAAUUACUUUUGAUAUAAACAAGAAAAUAAUACUGAGUCUCACCCACUGCAGAGCAGAGUAUAUGUGGAGCAGAUAUAAUGCAGGUUCGAGCACAGAUGUAGUUGAGAAAUGCUGCAAUACUAAAGCCAAGAUGUGUUAUUUAGCUUAUCACAAAGUGUGUGUGACCUAUUUCCCAAAUGGGAAUGGCCAUCAUGUCUGGAUCACACCUCUUUUCCAAAGCAUUUCGGUAGAUGCAUCCUCCUCCUCCUCCUCUGUGACAUAAAGGGGACUGCAGGUUAUAAAAGUGUAUGUUUCCUCAACAAUCAGACUUCACACUCUUCUUCCGUAGCCCUAGUCCUGUAACUUUCAGUGCCUAGUCUCAGCUGUAUCCUUAGAUCAGAAGCUGAGAUGACUUUCUACAAUGACAUUUACCCAUUCUACCCUCUACAAAGGACUUCCUUCAUCUUCAGUGGCCACUUGCUCACCAUUAUUCUGGUCUUCCUUGUGUUAGCAGUCAGUCUUCUUAUUAUUCUGCCAGGAAUACGAGGCAAGACGCGGCUCUUCUGGAUGUUCAGGAUAAUUACCAGUUUGUUUAUAGGUGUAGUGAUAGUGGUUCUCAACUUCACUAACAACUGGGCUGAGGCCAGAAUUACCACAAAUACCACCUACAAGUCUUUCAGCAAUGUAGUGAUUAAUGCUGAGGUUGGCCUACAUGUUGGGCUGUACGGCAUUAAUGUGACAUUAAAAGGAAAUCCUGUCGUGCAGUUCAAUGAGACCAUAAAUUACAAUGAGAUGUUUAGAUGGCAUGAAACAACUGAAGAAGAUUAUGAGGAAGCUUUAGAGAAGGGUUUACCCAACCCUAUCCUAUACAUUGCUGAAAAAUUCACCCUGAGAAAUCCAUGUGGUCUCAUCUUUCAGUACAGAUACUCUGGACGAUACGCCUCUGCAACCCUGUGGACGUCAUUUUGUUGCUGGAUUCUCGCCAACAUCCUCUUCUCCAUGCCAGUCAUCUUGUAUGCCGGGUACAUGAUGAUGGCGACCGCUGCCUUCAUUUUCUUCUCCAUGGCCUCCUUCUCCACCAUCGUGAAUGUGCCUCAGUGUGUUUUCUCCAUAGGAACUAACUCUUUUGUGACAGAGUACAGUCAUUCAUUCUGGCUGGCUCUGGCAACAGGUACGCUGUGCACCAUCAUUGGGAGCCUUUUGGUGAUUUUAAACUUCUUGAUGCCAGAGAAGAUAAAAUCAGCUUUCAGUGUUGGUGUUGACAGCUGUGAAGAUGAGGAUGCUUCUUGUGGGGAAGGCUACUUGAAUUCAGUUUUUCUUCAUGGACCAGUGAUUUCACCACUGACAUCCAAGGUUUCCGCAGAGCAUAUAUGACGUGGCCCAGAUUCCCCUCAUGGGGCUUUCAGUUUAUACUUGAAGAUCAUUUUACUGAUCGUGUUACAGACAGACAGUCUGUCCGAUUUCACAUCUAUUCUAAUUAUGUACAUGAGCCUGUAAGUGUGUUAUGUGUUAACUGUAAAUAUAUUUUUGAAUUUGUAAGGAUUAUUGGCGGGUUUCAGUAGCUGUAAAAAAAAUAUAAAUUUGUAUGGGAUCUGCAUUAUAUGUGCGUCCGAACAUUGAUCAUGGACGACAGGUGUGUCUUUGACUCUAUUUGAAAUUAAAUAUGAAGAAAGCUUUGCAGUGAAAUUGCAUUUAGUAUCAUCCGGAUUUAUAUGCAUAACAUUUUAGAUUAUUCUGCUACCGACAUGAUGUCAUUUCUGCUAUAUUUCUAAAGAGCCUAAACAGUUGAACUUUCCAAGAAAAUGUGAAAAAUAUGAGAGUGGAUUAUUAUGAAAUUCCUUGUAAGUACAAUUUCUCAAAUACAGCCAAAU